AUGACGACAAAAAUAGCCGGUAGUGCAACUAUAGACGCGGCCAACGAAAUCUUUGGAAUUAUAGCAAUGUUUCACUUACCUUUGUUGAUGAUUCUACGAUUUUCCACAUUAGCGCUGCCUUUAUGUGCUGGCCAAGCAUUGCAACCACAAACGCAACAAAAUAUAUGGGAAUCAUUUGCACCUGGCGAACUUUUACGCCUUUUGGAACAUUCCACAUACACAGCACCGUUUAAAUAUAACGCCAUAGCACAACGCCGGUCAGAUGAAAAUGCAGCAACACCGGAAAAAACUAUUUAUUCAACACCAAGGUCAAUACACAAACGUUCCGAUGCAUCAACCGAUAAUAUAUACACUGCGGAAGAUCAAUUAAAUGCACCAUCUAGCGCUGAAUUCAAUUAUGACCAGGCUUAUGAAGAUUUCGUACGCGAGUACUUUGGUGAUAAACUAGCAGAAGAUAGCGAUUCAAAUGAGAAGAAUGAAGAAGAAGCACUUGAUGUGGAGGAAAGUGAAGAAGGGGAACAAUUGGAAACGGAACAUACUUCUUCAGCGGAAACGGAACUUUCGACAGGGGAAACUAAAACUCGUACACAACGGAAGACAAAAGAAAAAUGCCGGCACAUCAAAAAACACAAAGAAAAUUGUUUGAUUUGCGAGAAUACGCGUAGCGGCGAAAAAUCUGAAACAUGCUCUUUUUCUCGUGAAAGUGAACCGCAGCGGUAUGCUUUCCAAAAAGAAACGAGCUACAAAAAACAACGCGAUGCUGAAGAACCCUCAUCGCAAAGCCAAGAACAAACGUCUUCCGAAGAAGCAACACUAGCGGAAGCAGAUACAUUUGUAAAAAAAGUUGACAAUAAAGAUUUUGUGGGCAAACGCAACAACGAGAAACCGCCAAAAGAUAGUAGCACUUGCAUACAAUUGGUGAAACGUGGAAAGAUUUGCUAUCAGUGCGUCGAUGGUGACGGCACUUCCACCAAAUGUUAUGUGCCUGCGAAAACGAGCAACGGCAGCAAUAAUAGACAGCGUCCGGCUAAAGGCAACGAGCACAAAGUGCAAAAAGCUCAGCAGCGUAUUUACAAACGAACAAUUUCGUAUUCUUUUGAGAAGGGUACCAAUGGCACUAUGGAAAAUGUUACACCAAUUGAAGCGGCACAAUUGGAAAAUAGAACUACCACAAUUAGUACACCACAUUUGAAAGAGAAGAUAUUCAUCAAGGUGGUAAAUCAAAAUGAAACAAUAGCGGAAUAA